UAACACCCAAUGCCAAGAAAUCAUCGCGUCAGUAGGACAUUGUUGCGACACAAGGCAUCAACGACCAGUAUAUAUUGUCCAGAUAUAUUGUCAAUCAUGAGUCUUGUCCUAUCCACGGGAACAAUACAGUCAAGCAAAAUGUUCAAGAUUAUCGGAGUUCUCUCUGCUCUUGUGGCCAUCUGUGCCGCGAAACCAUCAGGUGCAAUAGUCAGUGCGCCAUUAGUCGCAGCUGCUCCUGCACCCAUUGUGACCGCAACCAGCUUCCAAUACUACCACCGCAUUAACAACGGCCUGGCCGCCUACGUCGCACCUUCUGCCGCAUAUGUUGCACCGUCUGCCGCAUAUGUUGCACCGUCUGCCGCAUAUGUUGCUCCAUCGGCCGCGUAUGUUGCCCCAUCGGCCGCGUAUGUUGCUCCAUCGGCCGCGUAUGUUGCUCCAUCCGCUCCGUAUGUUGCUCCAUCCGCCGCGUAUGUUGCUCCAUCCGCCGCUUAUGUUGCUCCAUCCGCUGCAUAUGUUGCUCAGCCAGCUGCAGCAGCUCUAGCCGCUCCGUACGCUGCUGCUCCAGCUCCCAUCGUUGCCGCUUAACCUGGAUAAUCUUAUGCUCUCUGAAUACAC